CAUGAAGCGAUCUGCGUCUAGCUCUCCCUCACCUUUCUCUCCUGACUCAACUCUCACCCCAUCGAAAGCCAUCAAGUCGGAGACAUCUUCUUCGCCUCAUUCUGCCGCAAAGAAGGGAUGCAGCAAAUCCCCAGAAUGGGACGCUGAGAAAAAGAUGGCUCUCGUGGACAAGAUCAUCUCGACGGGAUUGGCACAUUUGAAAGCGUCAGAUGUGGCUGAUGAGAUCGGGAUCACAAAGAAGCAAUACGCCGACGCAAUGGGCACUGGUCGCACCAACUUGCGAUGGAAGCUUGUUCAAGCUGCAGCAGACAUGGCGGCUUCAGGCAAAGUGCGACAUUGAAGAGUCAAGUGCAUAGCAGCGUCCGUAACGAGGAGAGAUAGCUCCCAAGUCAUGC